AUGACGGAAAGCAGUGGAAAGAUUCGGUAUCAUGGAAAUUGCCACUGUGGCAAGUAUCGUUUCGAGCUGCUGAUGCCUGAGAUUACCUCAGGAAUGGAGUGCACUUGUAGGCAGUGCAAGAAGAAAGGCUACCGCUGGGUAGCGGUGUCAGGGGAUAGUUUGACAGUGGUAAAGGACGAUGGGAGCUUGAGGGAAUACAAUUCUGGGGUUCUCAUCGAUAAAUUUUGCCAAUCCUGCGGUAACGGCGUCACUGGAGUGCACUCUUCAGGUCCACUCAAAGGGCAGACGCUGGUCAACAUCAAUCUUUUGAUGGAACUGAACCCAUUCAAAGUCGGGGCCACCACGGUGAACACGGACGAAACCAAGCCAUCUCUGCCCGCGCUACCAACGGCAGACUCGCCAGCCGUGCAGCACGGAUCAUGCACCUGCGGACAAGUGCGGAUCGAGACGCUAUACAGAGUACAAGACAAGCAAAUCAAGUCUGACAAUUGCAGCUUAUGUAGCAGACUUGCCUUUGUCGGCUCCUAUGAAACCAAAGACGUUGUUCGCAUCCACGGCAAGGAAAAUACAUUCGAAUAUCUUUGGAACGCCAAGAUGGGCGGACCAGCCAUGUGCAAGACGUGUGGCGUGUAUAUGUUUUGGAGAAUCUAUGGCCCGCCCAUCAGCUUUUUCGACAAGCUGCCACCUGAGAGGCUUCCGAUCGUCAUGGAUAAUUAUGCAAAGAACAUGAAUGUGCAGCCAGUCAGUGUGCGCAUGCUUGAUGAUGUCGAAAUGGAAACUUUAAAAAUCGAUCAUGACGACUGCGGCACUGAAGGAUACACUCUCGAUAAUUAA